UGCAAACGCAAUGCAGACGCAAAUCUUGCAUCGUUCUAGACGACCGCGUUGGAUUGUUGAAUGGACUUGCAUUAUUGGGCCAACACGAUCCUCAGAGACCCAGAGGGUGCAUGAAUGCACCUAGCGUCGUUCCGUCUUACACCUUGUUCCGUCUUACCCCGCUCUCCCCUACAUGUUAUGUUAGAUCUGGUCUCAUUGAUCCAAAAGCAAAAGCUCUUUAUAAAGGAGGAGAGAAAAUCUGAGAAAUCAUGUACAAAAGUUUCCGACGACUAACGUCACUUUUAAAGCGAUGUGAGCUGUUUCCACACAUCUCCGGGUCUUUGCUCGGUGGUAGGUUGUAUAUAGCUGAGCAAAAUGUCUCAUUGCAAAAUGGACAAAGAGCAUUUUUGUGUAGCACCACUCUGAAUCAAGAAAAUGAUGUACGCAGACAGUCACAUGCCCAAACAUUUCAUCAACAUAUGAAAGAUGUUGGCAAUGAAGGAGAGAUAGAAAAUAAUGAGCAACCUGUGAAAGCUAUUGGGCUUACUCAAGAUGAACAGUGGAGACAAGCACUUCUACAUCCAGACCAACCUCCAGAUGCAAGAGUCCUGAGCGUUGCCAUCAUUGGGGCCCCUAAUGCUGGCAAAUCAACACUGACUAACAAACUUAUGGGAUGGAGAGUGUCAGCAGUGUCUGCCAAAGUUCAUACAACGAGAAACAAGACAAAGGCAGUUUUGACAGAGGGUAACACACAAUUGAUUCUCUUGGAUACACCUGGAGUUGUGAAGAAAUCUGAGGGCAAAAGAUAUAACCUUGACCGCCAGUGUGUCGUUGACCCUGCAUCAUCUAUUGGGGAAGCUGAUAUUGUAGGUGUAUUGGUAGAUGCUAGUAACAAAUGGACAAAUACCCAUUUGAAUAAGGAGAUCCUUAGAGCCCUCUAUAUGUACCCAGAUAAACGAACAGUUCUCAUUAUAAACAAGGUAGAUAUACUAAAAUCUAAACACAUGCUCUUGGAGAUAGUACGACUGCUAACAGAGGGUGUUGUAGAUGGUCAUCGAGACAGCACCACCAUUCUGACACCAUCAGAACUGAAGCACAAAUCAAAGGAGGACCCAUAUAAAUUCAUUAAAGAUUUAAAACAUGAGCUUGAAUCAUUAGAAAGUGGAAAUAAACAGAAAAAUAAUAAUGAUCUGAAGAAUAAGGAAUCUGAGGAUUCUUCAAGGACUGAUGUCAAUAUUAUGGGAUAUACAUGUAAAAAUGAAAGAAUUGAGUUGCAUGGACCAAUUGAUGAGGUAACUCAAAAUGAAAGAAUUGAGUUGCAUGGACCAAUUGAUGAGGUAACUCAAAAUGAAAGAAUUGAGUUGCAUGGACCGAUUGAUGAGGUAACUCAAAAUGAAGUUAACACAAGAAAUGACAUGGACUUUAGAGGGAACUUGCAAAAUGACAACAAAACCAACCAGUCAAUAAAGACAGCCUCACAUAAGCAAACUUUCAAACCACUACCCAAAAGUAAAAAAUAUGAUCCUACAAGACCAUUUCUGGAGCAAUCUCAAAGUGCCAAAGGCUUCAAAGAGGAGCGUAAAUUGAUUAGAAAUGCAGUAAUUUCCAAAGAGAUGAACUCUAAUUGGAUAACAGAACAUAAUAAACAAUCUGAAAUCAAUAAUUUGAUCAAGAACAAAAGAGGUUGGGGAACGUUUGAGAAAGUGUUCAUUGUGUCUUCAACUACAGGAGAGGGGGUUGAUGAGCUGAGGGAUUUUAUGUUUAAUGUGGCUACACCAGGAAACUGGCAUUACCACAGUUCAAUGGUGACAGAUCAAAACCCUGCAGAAAUAGCUAAGAUGUGUGUCUGGGAGAAAUGUAUGGACCAUCUGCCAGAGGAGAUACCCUACAGUAUAGAUGUGGAGAUAGUGAUGUGGGAGAUGGAAGAGGGGUUGCUAAGAGCCAUCAUGAAUAUCAACUGUUACAAGCAACGUCAUGUGUCAUUUGUUGUGGGUAAGGCAGGCCGGAUGAUUCAAAAACUUGCUAUGGAAGCAAAACAAGAACUAAUGAAUAGUUUCAAAUGUGAUAUGACACUAAAAUUGAUAGCAAGGCUGAAGACUCCUAAAAAAUGAUUAGUAAUUCAACAAUUAGCUGUGGAAGCCAAACAAGAACUAAUGAACAGUUUCAAAUGUGACAUGACACUAAAAUUGAUAGCAAGGCUGAAGACUCCUAAAAAAUGAUUAGUAACUCAACAAUUUGCUCUGGAAGCCAAACAAGAACUAAUGAACAGUUUCAAAUGUGACAUGACACAAAUCAUAUAUUGGGUGGAUGAAGACACCUAAUAAAGGAUGAGUGCAUCAAGAAACUGACUUGGCUCAAUGUAUUUUCUCACAAAGACCAUAUCUAAGUGCCAGUGGGUACAAGUACAAGUUCACCACCAAAGCUGAAUAUGUAAAGUAGACUAAAGUAUCCAAUCAAACACUUUGACUACCAUUUUGAUUCAUUAAUCAAGCCAAUCUGUGCUAGCAAUUCCCGGAGCCAGUCUGUUUUGGUUGCAU